CUCGACGAUGCAGAGGCCAGUUUUCAGUCCCUAGGCUGAUUCCGCCAGGACACACACCUGCUAUAGAAGACUUGUCUAAACUCUAUCCUAAGCAAAAGGCCGCGAACCCAAGUUGAAGUCCGUAGCCCUCCCUCGCUGUUUAGGUCCGGAAGCAAUUCUCUAACAAAGCAUCCAAUACUUACUGUUGGUUGGAGCUAGCGGCUUGCGGCGGGAGGCUCCGCAACGCCAGAAUGUCAAUAGAAGAAUGGUACAAGUCGCUUCCCAUCGUGACGCGUACGUACGUUACGAUGUCGUUCCUGACCACCGCGGGCUGCGCGCUGGAGAUCAUUACUCCCUUCAACGUCUACUUCAACGCAAAGCUGGUGUUUAAGAAGCUGGAGCUCUGGCGUCUCGUAACAAACUUCUUCUUCUUCGGAAAUUUAGGUUUGGAUUUCGUGUUCCACAUGUUCUUCCUGAUCAAGUACUGCAAGUCACUGGAGGAGGGCUCCUUCCGCGGCCGCUCCGCCGACUUCCUGUGGAUGCUGUUGUUCGGCGGCGGCUUGCUCACAGCCAUCGCGCCCUUCGUCAACAUCCAGUUCCUUGGAUCCAGCCUGACGUUUAUGAUGGUGUACGUGUGGGGCCGGCGGCACCAGUACGUCAACCUGUCCUUCCUGGGCAUCUUCAACUUCACGGCGCCGUACCUGCCCUGGGUGCUGCUGGCCUUCAGCCUCAUGCUCGGAUCCAGCCCGGUGGUGGAUCUCAUGGGCAUGGCGGCAGUUGGGGCUUCCCCCGGGCCUGUGGUGGACCUCAUGGGCAUGGCGGCAGGCCACGUGUACUACUUCCUGGAGGACGUGUACCCGCGCAUCAGCGGCCGCCGCCCGCUCAAGACGCCCGCGCUGCUGCGGAUGAUGUUCCCGGCGGAGGACGCCGUGGGUGUGGUGGCGCCCGCGGUGGUGCCGCCUCCGGAGCCUCAGGACGCCUUCGAGCCACAGGGGCCAGCAGCGGCGCGGCAGUUCGGGGCCGCGGGGCAAGGGCAAGGGCAAGGGCAGGCGGCGGCGGCGGCUGGGGCGGCGGCGGCGGCGGUAGCGGAUGGUGACGGCAACGGCCGGCACCACCAUGCGGACUAGCAUCCCCACCUGAUCACCUGCACACCCGCAUCACCGGCACACCCUGCACAUCCGCAUCACCGGCAUCACCGGCACCUGCACCCCAAGACCAAGGGAGGGGAGUGCGGGACGGGGAGCUGAGCGGUCUCUCGCGCAGCAGGCGUGUCCGGUGUGUGCUUGUGCCGCAGCCGCAGUGGCUGCUGCUGCAGGGGCAGGGGCACCGGCUGCGGUUUCGUAAUGGAGUCCAUCCAGCAGAGUGUGGGAUGACACGUGUCAGGACAAGACAAGUGGUAGCAAGGGCUGCGGCUAGGCGGCAGGAGAGGCAGCGGGUAGGUGUCAGGAUCGGAGUCGAGGAGCUCGGAUGCGCCGGGUUGGUGCUUGCGGUUGGCACGGCAGGACACGGCAUGACGUUGUAGGCGUCGUGGCGUUGGAGGCGUUGAGGCAGGAGGGCGUGGGCGCAUGGUCGCACAAUGCCGGGAUGGGCGCGAGUGGUGCGGCGGCCACCGGCCCAGACCAGACCAGACCCGGACCAGACCCGGACCGGACCCGGACCAGACAUGGGAUGACCCGUGGGGAUGACGCGUGCAAGGCGUGACGACUAUGACCAAAACUAUGUGACCAAGUGGAGGCCUAGCAGUCGGUGCGGUGAGCAGGAGCAGCUAGCUCGUGGGCUAUAUGUAGCAGCAGGGUAGUGUGCAAUGGGACAGGGUUUAGGCAGGUUGGCGAGGUCCCGUAGGGUGCAGCUGACGCCCAUACCCCAAGCAGCAGGGUAGUGGAGUCCGGAGUGAAGUGCUAGGGCGACGUGUGGCGUGGCAGGGCAGUGGAACCUUUUGACGCACGCCGUGUUGCCUGUGGCGGCAUGCGUGUGUGCUCCCGGGGCUGGCUUGGAAAGGUGGAUGCGUCAGCGGCCGACGCUAGUGAGGUUUGGGUCCCGCCCGUUCCUGCAUUUUGCCGUUGGAGCCCCCAUGGUGGUGGCGGCGGUUUUAGCAUGCCGCGUGACCUGUGGCGGCAUGCGUGUGUUUCGCAAAGGAUGUGAGGGUUUCCAUCCUCGCUCGGUGGGCAUGCGGGCUGCAUGAGCAGGCGCCCAUUGCUUGUGGCAAACGCUGAAUUCAGAAUCUGCUUUCAGAGUUUCACCAAGAUAGUAACUGCGAAGUUAUGGAUGCGACAU